GGAGGUCUGUCAGUGCGCGAGCGCGCGCGAGGGGAGUAGGCGGAGCUCGGCGCCGCGGAGCCUCCAUGAGCAGGCGCUGCCCACCUGCCUCCUCCGUCCUGAGGGGACUCGUCGGCUCCGCGUUCCUCUGCCUCGCGCGGACUAUGAGCCUGCGAGGAGCUCCGGCCAGCUGCUUGUCGGGGCCCUCGGGCGGCGAGAGCGCCGGAGGAAGCGGCGGCGGCCGUAGUAGUAGUAGUAGUAGUAUCGGCGGCGGCGGCGGAGCCUCCUCCUCGUCGCCUCGGCUGAACCUGCCGUGGCUGCGGCUCCCUGAGGUGCCGGGCGCCGAGCCCUUCCGAGCCAACGACGUGCUGCUGCUGCUGCCGCCGCCCGCCGCCGGCCCUUUGCCGGAGCAGCCUCAGCAUCAUGUCGUCUAUUUUCCCGGGGACGUGCAGAACUAUCAUGAAAUUAUGGUUUGCCAUCCAGAAAAUUUCCAGUGGGAACAAUGGUGCUUAGAAAACGUUGCUUCUAUUUUGGGUCGCCGUUUCCCUCAGAGUUACAUUUGGGUUAUAAAAUGUUCCCGUAUGCAUUUGCACAAAUUCAGCUGCUAUGACAAUUUUGUGGCAAGCAAUAUGUUUGGUGCACCUGAACACAGCACUGAUUUUGGAGCCUUCAAACAUCUUCAUGCAUUACUAGUUAAUGCGUUUAAACUUGCUCAAAAUGUUCUUCUGUCUCAGAAAAGCCUGUAUAAUUUCAGCAAGGAUGCAAAGGCCUUUGCUUUUCAAUCACCUACUGUUGCUACUACUAAUGGAUGCCCCACAACAGAAAGGGGAAGAGAUUGUGAAUAUUUCAACAGCUCUACCAUGAACCUCAUUGAGCCUUCUGUGAUUGGUGAAGCAUCAUUCACUUUAAUAGGGUUCAGUAAAGGUUGUGUUGUCUUGAAUCAAUUACUUCAUGAACUAAAGGAAGCUAAAAAGGGAAAGGACACAAAUGCUUUCAUAAAAAACAUAAGAGCAAUUUACUGGCUCGAUGGUGGCCAUUCUGGAGGAAGCAAUACUUGGGUGACCUACCCUGAUGUGCUGAAAGAUUUUUCAGAGACUGGGAUUUCAGUUAAUGCACAUGUUACACCAUACCAGGUAUUUGAUACAAUGAGGGCAUGGAUUGGAAAAGAGCAUAAGAGAUUUGUGCAAAUUCUGGAGGAGCUUGGUGUAAAUGUAAAUAGCCAGCUUCAUUUUGCUGAUGAAGCACCUUCCUUAGACAACCACUUCAGAGUUCAUGAAGUAUUCUGACACAGUGAAUAUAUCAAAAUACUCUGUUAACUGCAAAAAUACAUUUUAAACUUUGACUUGACAGUUUGAGAAUGUGCUUUCUCUUAAGUCCUGGAAAGGCUUAAUGCCGUGUGCGCUAAUAUUUACUUUUUAAUACCUUCAGUGAAGCCAAUCUUGUCUUGCUUUUGCAAUUGAGGAGCAACAACAAAUUCCUGGCUUAAAUAAAUUAUUUUGUUCUGGUUGAAACAAUAAGAUUCCUGAGGAAAAGCCACACCGAUUUAUCUGACUAAUUUUCUGAACAUCAGUUGGAACUAAUAUUUGCUUUGCAAGUGUGGAUUUUUGUGAGCAGAAUAUUCAGAUCCAGGCUCAAUAAUUUGCAUCCUAAAAUGUUUUGGAUGGCAUACGUUUAUGGGUGUUGAGUAUUUUUGAAUGAUUAGUUCCUUUUAUUCUUUAGUUUUAAUUCUAGAACUAAAGAACUACGAGAUAACUUGGAUUAUGUUAGCAACAUAUCUCAAGCAUUGGUAUUUAGCCCCUUGUGUCAACAUUACCAACUUACUGCAUUGCUUGUGCUUUGGCUAUGCCAAGGGGCUAAAUAUUCAUUACAACUAAGUAUUCAUUACAACUAAGUAUCAAUGACACUUUCAUGGGAAAUAAGGUGCAUAAUGACUAUACUGUUGCCUCAGAGGUGCUGUGCAACUUCUAACCAUUGAUGAACAUCUACUAGUGAAUAACCUUUUUUAAGACUUAAGAGUAUUAAACAUCUAUUUUUGUUAUGUGACCAAGAAUAUAUGAUCUUGCUGCUGUUUCAACAUUCCCUAUUAAUACGAAAGCUUGAUUUAACUUAAUGCAUUUUUGAACUUUUA